CGCGGCCUCGAUCCGGCCCCCGCGGCCGCUUAAAGGCUCCAGCAACCGCAGCCGUCGGGUCGCGGAGGCUUUCGCUUUGCCGCCGCGUCUGGGCGGCGGGAGGAGCGGACUGGGCGGCCGGCUCUCGGGACUUCAGGCUCUGGCGGCGCCGAGGGGGCGCUUUUAGUGCAGCCCUCCCGGCUCGAGGCUUCUUUGUCGAGGCGCCCGUGCUCCCGGGCUCCUCGCCUCGGCCCCCCGCGGCCCCGAUGCCGAGGCAUGGAUAGAGCGGCGUUGCGCGCGGCAGCGAUGGGUGAGAAGAAGGAGGGCGGCGGCGGAGGCGCCGCGGCGGCCGCGGACGGGGGCGCAGGGGCCGCGGCCAGCCGGGCGCUGCAGCAGUGCGGUCAGCUGCAGAAGCUCAUCGAUAUCUCCAUCGGCAGUCUGCGCGGGCUGCGCACCAAGUGCUCUGUGUCCAACGACCUCACGCAGAAGGAGAUCCGGACCCUGGAGGCAAAGCUGGUGCGAUACAUCUGCAAGCAGCGGCAGUGUAAGCUGAGCGUGACCCCAAGUGACAGGACGGCCGAGCUCAACAGCUACCCGCGCUUCAGUGACUGGCUGUACAUCUUCAACGUGAGCCCCGAAGUGGUGCAGGAGAUUCCCCAAGAGCUAACCCUGGAGGCCUUGCUGGAGAUGGAUGAGUCCAAGGCCAAGGAGAUGCUGCGGCGCUGGGGGGCCAGCGCUGAGGAGUGUAGCCAGCUUCAGCAAGCCCUCACCUGCCUUCGGAAGGUGACUGGCCUGGGAGGGGAGCACAAAGAAGACCCUGGUUGGAGCUCGGCAGAUGCACAACGGGAAAGUAGUUCGGGGCCUUUGAUGGACAUGCUCUCCCCACUGGGCAGAGUGGGUGCCGGCACUCAGGGUCCUCGUUCCAUCUCCGUGUCAGCCCUGCCGGCCUCGGACUCGCCAGGCCCUGGCCUCAGUGAAGGCCUCUCGGACACCUGUAUCCCCUUGCACACCAGUGGCCGACUGACCCCCCGGGCCCUGCACAGCUUCAUCACACCCCCAACCACACCCCAGCUGCGACGGCACGCCAAGCUGAAGCCACCGAGGACACCCCCACCGCCAAGCCGCAAGGUCUUCCAGCUGCUCCCCAACUUCCCCACACUCACACGCAGCAAGUCCCACGAGUCCCAGCUGGGAAACCGAAUUGAUGAAGUCUCUCCAAUGAGGUUUGACCUCCCUCAUGGAUCCCCACAGCUGGUACGAAGGGAUAUCGGGCUCUCAGUGACACACAGGUUCUCCACAAAGUCAUGGCUGUCACAGGUCUGCAACGUGUGCCAGAAGAGCAUGAUGUUCGGGGUCAAAUGCAAACACUGCAGGUUGAAAUGUCAUAACAAGUGCACAAAGGAAGCCCCCGCCUGCAGAAUAUCCUUCCUCCCACUAGCCAGGCUUCGGAGGACAGAGUCUGUCCCCUCAGACAUCAACAACCCGGUGGACAGAGCAUCAGAGCCCCAUUUUGGAACCCUUCCCAAGGCCCUGACGAAAAAGGAACAUCCUUCAGCCAUGAACCUGGACUCCAGCAGCAACCCAUCCUCCACCACGUCCUCCACACCAUCAUCACCAGCGCCCUUCCUGACCUCAUCCAACCCCUCAAGUGCAACCACGCCCCCCAACCCCUCGCCUGGCCAGCGGGACAGCAGGUUCAGCUUCCCAGCUGCCUACUUCAUCCAUCAUAGACAGCAGUUUAUCUUUCCAGACAUUUCCACCUGUCCUCAGGCAGCCCCGCUCUCCAGCACAGCCGACAGUACACGGCUCAAUGACCAGCCCAAAGCAGAUGUGCUGGGUGUUCAAGAAGCAGAGGCUGAGGAGCCUGAGGCUGGCAAGUCCGAGGCAGAAGACGAUGAGGAUGAGGUGGACGACCUCCCCAGCUCCCGCCGGCCUUGGCGGGGCCCCAUCUCUCGAAAAGCCAGCCAGACUAGCGUGUACCUGCAGGAGUGGGACAUCCCCUUUGAACAGGUGGAACUAGGCGAGCCCAUUGGGCAGGGCCGCUGGGGCCGGGUGCAUCGAGGCCGAUGGCAUGGCGAGGUGGCCAUUCGGCUGCUGGAGAUGGACGGCCACAACCAGGACCACCUGAAGCUGUUCAAGAAAGAGGUGAUGAACUACAGGCAGACCAGGCAUGAGAACGUGGUGCUCUUCAUGGGGGCCUGCAUGAACCCACCCCACCUGGCCAUUAUCACCAGUUUCUGCAAGGGGCGGACAUUGCACUCAUUCGUGAGGGACCCCAAGACGUCUCUGGACAUCAACAAGACGAGGCAGAUCGCCCAGGAGAUCAUCAAGGGGAUGGGCUAUCUUCAUGCCAAGGGCAUCGUGCACAAAGACCUCAAGUCCAAGAAUGUCUUUUAUGACAAUGGCAAAGUGGUCAUCACAGACUUCGGACUGUUCGGUAUCUCAGGCGUGGUCCGGGAGGAACGGCGUGAGAACCAGCUGAAGCUUUCCCAUGACUGGCUGUGCUACCUGGCCCCCGAGAUCGUUCGAGAAAUGACACCCGGGAGGGAUGAGGACCAGCUGCCCUUCUCCAAAGCUGCUGAUGUCUAUGCGUUCGGGACUGUGUGGUAUGAGCUACAGGCAAGAGACUGGCCCUUUAAACACCAGCCUGCAGAGGCCUUGAUCUGGCAGAUUGGAAGUGGGGAAGGAGUGAGGCGCGUCCUGGCAUCCGUCAGCCUGGGGAAGGAAGUCAGCGAGAUCCUGUCUGCCUGCUGGGCUUUUGACCUGCAGGAGAGACCCAGCUUCAGCCUGUUGAUGGAGAUGCUGGAGAAGCUGCCCAAGCUGAACCGGCGGCUCUCCCAUCCCGGGCACUUUUGGAAGUCUGCUGACAUUAACAGCAGCAAAGUCAUGCCCCGCUUUGAAAGGUUUGGCCUGGGGGCCCUGGAAUCCAGUAAUCCAAAGAUGUAGCCAGCCAUGCACCUUCGUGCAGAAGGUGUCUUCCUUUCUGAAACAUGGUUAUGAAACACGCACACCACCACCACGAGGAAUGAGAGAAGCAUUGUGUGCCAAGCUCCGGACCAGGAGUAGGACACUCCUCCGUGAAGAGUGUGCAUUGCAGCGCUGUGUAGGGCUCAGGGUCGGAGCCAUCCAUGCCACUCCCGAUGAAAGCACUAGAGCCAGUGUUUACACAGAGGUCUCUGCCCCGCAAGCUUGGUGUUUUAUGGUAGUUAAUAAUAGUUCUACAAAAGGGUGCUGGCACUUCGGAGCAACAGAAAUGCCCCCCUCUCCCUGCCCACUUCUCUAAGGUCCUGCAGCAGUGAAGGGUCCAGGGUGGAGCAAGAAGGAAGAAAAGCAGCAUGAAUGUAGCUGUUCUGGGGAAGUGGACAUGACGGGAGGUUUGCCUGGCCUAUGCUUUGGCCCUGACCCCCACUGGUCCCUCUCUUUGUCCAUAAGGAACACCAACCCUUCAUUAGCUUGUGGGGGAAAGCCUGGCUAGGAACCCUUCUGGAUUGUGGGGUCAGGAGUUCCUGAAGAGUUUGGAUUUAGUUUCUGCUCUAAUCCGGGCUUGGUGUACUAAAAAGUCCAGACCGAAUCCUAGUGGCUUCUAGAUGGAUCUGAUGGAUCUUCGCCUGGCUCCUACCACAGUGGAAGGAAACAGUCACACAUCUGUGGAGGCAUCUGCUGCUUCUCUGAGGCCUCCAGGCAGACAUGAAGGCUGUGGAACUCAGCCUGUAUCAUCACCCCCCACCCCCAGUGCCUCACAUUUAGCCCCAGAGCCAAGAGCUCGCCCAUCAGCUGUGUGUGUACAGUGAGUUCUUGGUUGACGAGAAUAGGGAAGGAGCAAAUACAGCCUUGGUGAUCCUAGCACUUUAAAACCCGCCUCUGUCACGCCAGAAGUUUCCAGACCUAUCCCCACUUCCACUUCCCCUGUCUCAUCGACGCCUUUUAGCCCAUUCCGACUCCUGUGUGUGCCCUGAGCUCAGAUGGGGGCAUGAGGCCAUCCAGACACUUCAGCAAGACAUACCUAGUAAGUGUGAGCCUCCAAUGUCUGUGUUCAUUCCAACGAGCAGGAGGGCUGGGUUGGGGUAAGUCAGACGGCUCUGCAGAAACUGUCACCUACAGAGCAGAGCCGUCCUUGAGCAGAGGUUGGGCAGCGCCAGACCCCACAACCAGAGUGCGGAAGAAAUGGGAGUAGAGAAGUGGUUAGAUCCAGGCCCGUGGGCUCACAGUCCCGCUGUGGAAUGGCCAUGUGGCUCCCUCUUAGUUAAACACCAAAUACAUCUUCAGUUUUCAGAACCUGCCCUAGCAUUAGAGCCUGGUCCAGGUGUCUGAUAAAACAGGCCAUUCUCUGAGAAGUUGUGGGACUCUGCCUACAUCCCCCACAGCACAGUUGCUCAUGCUACAGGAGAGCUGGGACAGUAGCAUCUUGACCCUGCCCCAGUGUGGGGAAGAAGAGCUGUGAGCCUGUGCUCAGCUCUGCGUGGGUCGUAUGUCCUCUGAAAUGGAACUGUCAUAACACUUCCUCAUCCCUUUGGCUUCCCACCCUAGCCCUUGGUGUGACCUCCCUACUCCAAAACUACAUGGUGAGAAACUGCAGCCUCUGUGGCUGUCUCAUGGCUGUACCUCCCCUCACUUUGUGAAUGUUGUGACAUUGAGCUCCCCUCACAGGUAGAACAUGAGCCAUCAAGCUGGCAGCCGGGUCAAUGCUUUCAGUCAUCCCGCGGCACCGAAUCACACAGGGUAUCACACACUUAGGUGGGCAGGCCCCCUGACAGCGAGCCUGGGUCUCACUCUGUACUGUGAACAUCUCUGUCCAGAAAGCUUGGAGCCCUGCAGUGAAUGUGGUCUUGUGCUGGGGACCAGAUAUGAAUAGUCAUGGUCCCUGCUUUAAGGAGCUGUCUAUCUGCUGGGGGCCAUUAUGCAGGGGACCCAACAUCUGCCUGGGGCUCUGGGGCCAUUUGGCUCCAAGGGUGCUGGAACCUUCCCCACUUCCUCUCCGAGGCCUUCUCCGUACUACCCUUCAUUUAAGGGAGUCCCCCAUCAUGGUCCCUGUUUCCUACUUAAGUGACUGUGAAUCGAGGUUAGGAAAGUCGGCCUCCUGUGUGCUCUCUCUCCUUGUCUCCUGGGAAACACAUGAAGAAUGACAGAUACUGUGAAUUCAGCCCCUAUAGCCACUGUGAAGGCAAUGAAAAGAGGCUUGAGCUGCAGGGGGCCUGCCCACCUAAAGUCUGAGUCCAGCAAAAACUGUUUUCCUUUUCCAGGCUCUCUGAGUUCCCAGCCUCACCUCCAAGGAGGCCUUUACCCAUCAGAGUGGCAGCGAAGUCAUGAAUCCUAGCUAGUGCUGGUCUGGCUGCUCCUAUGCACCAAAUCAAAGCCCUUGGCCAUUGUCUUGUGGUUCAGGCCGGGAGUGGCAAGUCUGUGUCGCUCUGUACUAACAGAGCAGGGUGGAACAGCCAUGCUGUGCUUCAGCGCUAGCCAGGACAUCAUCGGUGUGUGCUCCCAGUGUCUCUAUGGUCACAAGGCACACAUUUAUUUGCUUAUUUUGAAUGUGAUGUAAAAUUUGUACAGUAAAGUUUUUAUAUUUUCUAUCAAUUGCAUUUGUCUUCCAGAAAUGCUUUAAUUUAAAUUAAAAUGGUUAGUCUUGAUGAACGUGUUAUAUUGGGGUUUUUGCCACUGCUAAGAAUGUACCCUCUGGCUGAGCCAGGCCUAGGGGUCUUGAGUUUGUGAAUAAAGUUUUACCAAGGUCUCCUGGG